AUGAUUAAAUAAUAAACAAAGCAAAAAAAAAAGAAGCAUGUAACAUAAGCGUAUUUAUUUAAAAGGCAACUGGAUUACCCGUAACCAAUGGAACAUUCAAAUUAAAAAAAAGUAAAAUAUUUGUCCAAAAUCAAAAUAACAAAUUAGUAGAACUUCGUUACAACACUGUUCCUUGA